AUGCCCUGUGCAGAAUGCUGGGCUGCUGCUGGGGGUUUUUACCCUCCAGCAGCAGAUCAGGAUCCGCAGCAGGUCCUGGCGCCAUACUUUAUGGAAGAGAUGCUGAAACCGCUACAGCAGUCAGGCGAACUGACGUUUCUGCCGCAGGGAAGUGAGAAAACGGAGAAGCAGCAGCUGCAGCGGCGGCAGCAGCAGCAGCAUCAACGGCGACAGCAGCAGCGUGAUCAGAAUGAAAAGCAGCAAGAACACUGGACAAGAACGCUGAAACGAUCUAGCCAAUCCCGAAGAGGGCGCCUGCUCACGCACCUGCUCAGCAGCAGUGAUGACUGCAAAAAAAGCGAGUGCUGUAGCAGUGAGUACGGUAGCAGCUAUAGGCGACACACAUCGAGUUGCACAGACACCAUGGAUAUCGUCAAUUGCAGAAACAGAAGCAGCAGUGGCGGAUGCAGCACGAUCGGCAGGGUAGACGAAAGAGAGAAUGGGGCACAGCCGAAGACACACUCUGCAUGCAGGGAUAUUGGAAAGGGAGCCGCACCAUCGGAGGCGAAAGCAGCCAAAGUAGCUGCGGAGGCUCAUAGAAGAGCAAUAACACAUUCUGCAUCAGCAGGGCUGCACGUCAGAGCACUAGAGUUGCUGCAAAAACUCUCCCCGUUCCCGGAAGGCAGCUGUUUCAUUCCAUCUGUGCAGCGUCAGCUGCACCGCCACGAGCUAAACCCAUCAGGAGCAUCGGGGAUUCCGUGUGCUGUGGAUGCUGACAUUGUUGCUGCGAGUGCUUCUGCCAUGAAUGGGCGUGAUCUUGAGACAGACAAGCAAACCGCCUCAAGAACGGUGCAGCGGGAACAGAUAGGAGUAGAUAGGCAGCAGGCUCAGCAGCAGCAGGAGAUGCUGGGACUGGAGGCAUGGCGGUGGCAGGCUUUGGAUGACUUUGCUACUGCUGCUGCGCCGCUGCACCGAGACAUCGGCGUGCUGCUGCCUGAGAAGCUCGAGACUUUGCUGCUCAAGGAGCCGUCGAUAAGGCAGCAGCAGCCAUCGCCUGCACAACAGCAGCAAAUAAUGCAGCGAGAUCAGCAAUGUGCAGCACAACUGCAUCAAGUGCAGGGACAAAAUGGCUGCCGAGGACAGAACGACGAACUUUGCCAACCUCCCAAAUGCAAACAAGAGAGUAGGAACGGCAGCGACAGCACAAGUAUCAGGAGCAGCAACAACCGCAGCGGCAGCAGCAAUAGCAGCGGCAGGACCCAAGGCUGCAUUCGUGCCUUUGAAGUCCCUUCACUUUGCAGUACCCCUUGCAGCUGUGACAGCAGAAACAAGCGGAGACCAGGCAGUAGCAGCUGUUGGCAGCAAACAGCAGCGCUACUGAACUCCUUCAUCACCAUAGAGGACAGGCUGGAGCAGCUGCAGCAGCAGUAUGGUACCCCAACGGCUCCUGAUGCAACAUGCGCCUUAAAGAGGGCAACAUAUUCAUCAGGAAGUGCUUCCGCAGAAGAAGCAGUAGCAGCUACAAACGCUCUCGGUGCGCCUGCAUCGGAAAAGCCAGAGGAAUUGCGCCCCGCUAGUGUUUUUUGGGCAUCUGCUGCUCCUCCUCCUACUGAUUCUUCGAUUCCGCCGCAGCAGCAGCACGCGGAGCCACAUGCGCAUCAGUCUCUACCAGCCGAAGUAGCACAGCAAAUCCUUUGGCGCAUAACUUCGGCCACUGUUGAUCUACACAGGCACUGCAAAAAGGACGGGGACGUGCACCACCAGCAUAGUCCGCAGCAAAAAACCCAGCUGGUGCAGGAGGAGGCUAACCUGCAGCAGGACGUGCAGCAGGAGGAGCAGAAGUUGCUCGAGAAAGGUAGCGAAUUCUGUGCGACCUGCUGCUGCAGCGUUAAAAGCUGCCGAAGCUUCUGUGCGCGCCUUGUUCAUUUACUGGGGGACGUGCGAGUGCAACAAAAGCAUCAUGAGCGGCUGCAUUUGUUGCUGCUGCAGUUGCUGCUGCUGUUGCUGCAGGACCGGUUGGCCUGUUCCGUUUGUCGUUGCGACAGCGGGUUCCUGAGGCAGUACAGGGCUUUCGUCGUGGAACAGAUAGUGCGGCUGCUCCAGCUCCAGCAAGGAGAGGACGAACAACUUGCGCCAGAUUGGCUGGCGCUGGAUGCUGAUUCGUUGCACCAUCAGAAGCGAUUGGUGCUGCUGCUGCAGCUGGCCCUGUUGCUACGUGCCUGGCGAGCUAGUGGCUGCACAAGCGGCAGCAAAGGUGUGGUUAAGGUGGCGUAUCUGUGCCUUCAUCACUUGGGUGUUUGCUUUGAGCUGCGAGAAGCAGCAGCAGACAUCCUUGCAGCAGCGGCUCUAGACGAGCUGUCUGUGACGAUUCAGGAGGCUGCAAUAGAAGCAGUCUGCGCAGAAUCCGCAUGGUGUAGAUAUGAUGAAGCUGCAGCAGCGGACGGUGGAACAGCAGCAGCAACAGCAGCAGUAAGGGAAGCAGGCAAAGGGGCGAGUUCCGUGUCUCUGUGCAAUUCGAUUAUCAAAGCUGCAGUGAAAGGAAACAGCGCAGCAGCUGCAGCAGCAACAGAAUUAGCGACUUCAGUGGCGUGCUGCUUCCUGCUGAUGCUGCAGCAGAGUACGCCGCAUCCGGUUACUGGUGCAGCAGCACCUGCCGCCGACUUAAAAGCAAAGCCGUACAUCCGAGAGUUUUUGGCAGAAGCUGCAGCACCAGCGUUUCCGUUGUUGCUGCUAUUACUGCUGCCAGCUUUGGAGCAGCAGUCGUUGAAGGGCGAGGGUAUGCAAGAUACAGCAGCCACUCCUUUCUCUCUUUCAUUGCAUGCAGCCGAAGCUAUCCAUCUACUGCGCAUAGCCAUUCUCCACGUGCAACAGCAUCAACUUCAGCAGCGGUGCCAGAUGCAGAUCAAGCACCAGCCACGACAGCGGUGUAUCAGUAAUCUGUUGGCGCUGCAGCAGUGGCAGCUUCUGGGUCUGCUUGAGCAGCGGCUCAUGAGGCUUCUGAGAGCUGCCAUUCGAACCUGCACGGAACGGUUUGAUCUUUUGCUGGCUUUGCUGCAGAGGGAGAGACCCGACAGGAGUAAGGCGAGCAGCACCGGCACCAGCUGGAACAUCGUGGAGGCGGCAGCAGCUGCAGCAGAAGCGCCGCUGUGCUGUGUCUGCGUGCUGGUGCAGCUGCCCAGGCUAUCACUAGCAGCAGUGGAAGCAACAAAUAAUGCUGAAGAGGCUGAUACCCUAGAAGAUGUUGUUUCUUCGUUGGUCAACCUGCUGCUGAGGCUCGUCAGUCCUUGCGUAUGGACUACCCAUGCACCGGCACCGGCAGCAGGGAAAUCAACAGCAGCGGCGGCAGGCUUGCCAGCAACUGAAUCGCCCGUUGCAGUUGCCAAAACUAUGGCAUUCGGGUGUUUAGGUAAGCUCCUUGUUGCCUUGAGGGAGGCAGCGAGGAGCGCGUGCGUGCAGAUACAACAGUCAGCUGUUGCAGCAGCAGCGCCUGGUCUAACAGAAGGGGCUGCUUUUGCGGCGGGGGCGCUGCGGCAAUGCUUUGCACGCGGGGUUGGAGAGGUUAUGAGGCUCUGUCUAGAAUCAGCAGAAGCUGGAAGGCCGCUGCAACAGCAGGAGCAUAUAUCCGAUUUUUUCGCGGCAGCAGCAGAUGCAGACAUUGCCCUUUUACGCCUCUUGCUAUCGCGCAAGGAGCAGCAGCAGCUUCAACAGCCACUCGCUUGCCGCAUGCUGCAGCAAAUCUUACAAUCCCCCAUCAUUGAUAGGAGGGAAGGCAGCAAAAGCUGUAGUGGGUGCAGUAACGGCGGCAGCAACUGCAGCAGCAGCGGCAGCAGCACCUCUCCUAGCAAGUGUAUGAUUUCCACUCGAUCUGCCUGUCCUUCUCUUGAAGCAUAUGAUUUGAAUAGUUUCCAGCCAAUCUGCAACAGUGGAGGCGAGGAUGCGACUGCAAAUACAGCAGCAACGAGCAGCGCAGCUGCGCUUCCUUUGGCGUGGGUCGCAGUAGAAACUAGCGCUGCUGCAGCUCUGCAAACUCUCGCACGCUUCCUUGAAAGCCGCAAGAUGGAUUCCAGCUCAGCUACAGCUACAAGGUAUGUUCCUGUUGCUGCUUCGAGUGAUGGUGUUGCUGCUUCUGCUGGUGCAGCUGCAGUUGCAGCUGCUGCGCGCCUUCUGCGUACUACAUGGAUACGGGUUGUCGGCCCAGCAGUGUGGGGAGUUUGUGUCCCUUAUCGGGCCACAGUUUCCGUGGCAGGAUCAGUAAUGGAAGCAGCAAAUGCAGAAAUAGCAGCAGUAACUCCAACUGCAGCAGCAGCAACAACAGCAGAAGCAGCAUCUGUGAGGGCUGGGCAGCAACAUGCUCUUGCCAUCAUAGAAACCCGUGGCAACUUGAUAUGCGCAUUUUCAUCAGCGAUGACAGCAGCAGCAUCAGCAGCACUGGCUACAGCUGGGGAGCCGCAAAUGCAACAGGCAGUGCAGUACGAGUUGCAGCAGCUGCAAUGUUUGCAGCAGGACUUCACCAUGGCGCUGCAGAACGCUACGCUUUCUGCGGCCCACGUGGCCCUCUCACACCAGCAGCCAUGGAAUAUUAAUGUCUGCUGCCGAAGCAUCAUCUUGAAGGAGAGUUGCGCCAGCACCUACUGGAAUAUAGCGCAGCAUCAAGACCCUGUAGGGGCGCUGCAACAGGUCCUGCGAGCCUUGCUCGUUCACUAUGCCGCGAGGCCAACCAACAUGCAUUCCUUCCAGAGCUGCUGCACCAGAUGCAACGGAGGCAGCUGCCUGUGGCGAGUGAUGCUGCAGGUAGCAGUCGCAUUUGCCUCUCUUCGGUCACUCGCGCUGCAGUUGCUUUUAUGGCCCCUCCGCAGCCUGCUCACACGGCAGCCAGGAGACUCCCAGCAGCACCAGUCACAACGUCAGUUUGUUGAGAUUUGGCAUGUUCUGUAUCCGUGCUUUUCCCAGGACGAAACAGCUGCGGCAGGCGCUGCACCCAACAGCAGCAACAGCAGGAACGGAUGCUGCUGUUGCAGUAUAGUGAAGCUGGAAGACUUCCUGCAACAGGAUGAUUGGGUGCAAGUCAGUGACUUGCUUUUGGAGUUGAUACAGCUCCUACAGCAGACAGCCGGCAGUGUCUCUGCUGUUGCUGCAAGUGCUGAACUUCCACGUCUGGCAGCAGCAGCAGCAGCCGUGCAGCGGGCAGCUGCAACGGAACGAGCCUAUCGAAGACCCCCACGAACUCAGUAA